ACUAUUUUAAAUGAUUUUUCAUGAACUGACAUUUGACAUCUAAAUUUCCGGUUUAAGGCCCUCCCAUUCCGAAUGUCGAAUCUUAGCGAACAGCGUUUUUGUAGGUUUAUGUCGAUUUGAUAGUUUGUACAAAGUACCUAAGUUUCUGUUAACUACUUCAAUUUGUUUAUCGGAUAAAUAAACUGAGACUUAGUAACAAAAAAAUAUAACGACAUGAAAAUGGAGUGGACACCUCAGGAAGAUGGUCUUCGGGAAAUUCUAACGUUACUUAGAGAAUCUCAGUCGCCGGACACGGCAACCCAAAGGGCCGUACAGCAAAAAUUGGAGGAAUUAAAUAAAUAUCCUGAUUUUAACAAUUAUUUAAUGUUUGUACUCACGAAAUUAACAACUGAGGAUGAACCUACGAGAUCUCUAAGUGGAUUGAUUUUAAAAAACAACGUCAAAACUCACUACGGUAAUUUAUUGCCAAGCGUUACUAGCUUCAUAAAGACUGAAUGUUUGAAAGCUGUUGGUGAUCCUUCUCCAUUGAUUCGUGCUACUGUUGGUAUACUAAUAACCACUGUUGCAAGCAAAGGGGAUCUCUCAACAUGGCCGGAGUUGCUACCUGCUUUAUGUGGUAUGCUGGACUCGACAGAUUAUAAUAUAUGUGAAGGAGCAUUUGGAGCUUUGCAAAAAAUUUGUGAAGAUUCAGCAGAGGCUCUCGAUGCUGAUACAACUAAUAGACCUUUGGAUAUUUUAAUUCCAAAGUUUCUACAAUUUUUUAAUCAUUCUAGUUCAAAAAUUAGGUCGUAUGCUAUAGGUUGUGUCAACCAGUUCAUCAUACAAAGGUCUCAAGCACUUAUGUACCACAUCGACUCAUUUUUGCAGAAUCUGUUCCUAGUAGCAACCGAUGACGAUGCAGAAGUGAGGAAAAAUGUAUGCAAAGCCCUAGUUAUGCUUUUAGAAGUUAGAAUGGAUAGGCUUAUACCUCAUAUAGACAAUAUUAUAGAAUAUAUGUUAGUUCGGACGCAAGACGCAGAUGAGUCUGUUGCGUUGGAAGCCUGCGAAUUUUGGCUGUCUUUAGCCGAGCAACCAAUAUGUAGGAGCGUUUUGAGGAAUCAUCUCAAUAGACUAGUGCCUGUGCUUGUGAGGGGUAUGAAAUAUUCUGAAAUUGAUAUUAUUUUGCUCAAAGGUGAUGUAGAAGAAGAUGACAAUGUUCCUGACAAAGAGGAAGAUAUUAGACCGCGGUUUCACAAAUCAAAAACACAUACGAUUAAAACCGCAAUAGGGAAUAGUAAUUCAACUGAAAAUGGCACUGACAAAGAUGACGAUGAUGACUACGAUGACGGUGAUGAUGACGGCUCGUUGUCGGAUUGGAAUCUGAGAAAGUGCAGUGCUGCAGCUCUCGAUGUUCUUGCCAAUGUAUUCAGAGAUGAUUUGUUGCCUAUACUGAUUCCAAUACUUAAAGAAACAUUGUUUCAUCAAGAUUGGGACAUUAAAGAAUCUGGAAUAUUAGCGUUAGGUGCUAUUGCGGAAGGUUGCAUGUCAGGAAUGAUUAAUCAUUUGCCGGAGUUAAUACCGUAUUUAAUCAAUUGUUUAAAUGACAAAAAAGCUCUCGUUAGAGCUAUAACUUGCUGGACUUUGAGUAGAUACUCUCACUGGGUCGUAGCUCAGCCUCACGACUCCUAUUUAAAACCUCUAAUGACCGAAUUACUCAAAAGAAUUUUAGAUGGGAAUAAGAGAGUUCAAGAGGCUGCAUGUUCAGCUUUUGCUACAUUAGAAGAAGAAGCUUGUACAGAAUUAGUGCCAUAUUUAGGAUUCAUACUGGAAACGUUAGUGUUUGCUUUCUCCAAAUAUCAGCAUAAAAAUUUGCUUAUUCUGUACGACGCGAUAGGUACUUUAGCCGAUUCUGUUGGUAGCCAUUUAAACAAACCAGAUUUUAUUAAUCUCCUCAUGCCUCCUCUAAUCCACAAGUGGAAUAUUCUUAAAGAUGAGGACAAAGACUUGUUUCCAUUAUUAGAGUGUUUAUCCAGCGUGGCUACAGCACUACAAUCCGGAUUUUUGCCUUAUUGCGAGCCCGUCUAUUGCAGAUGUGUAUCACUAGUACAUCAUACUUUGUGUCUACAUAUGGCUAAUAUCCAGAAUCCAGAUCAAUUUGAGGCCCCCGACAAAGAUUUCAUGAUCGUAGCCUUAGACUUAUUAUCUGGGUUAGCGGAAGGACUGAAUGGACACAUUGAAAAAUUGGUUGAAAACAGUAAUAUCAUGCAGUUGCUGCAUCUUUGUAUGCAAGACACUAUGCCCGAAGUUAGACAAUCAUCAUUUGCAUUGUUAGGAGAUCUCACAAAGGCUUGCUUCCAGCACGUGCAACCCCAUAUAUCCAAUUUUCUACCUAUUCUGGGACAAAAUUUAAAUCCAGAAUAUAUAUCUGUGUGUAACAAUGCCACCUGGGCCAUUGGGGAAAUUAGUAUAAAACUUGGAGCCGAUACUAGACCAUAUAUUUCGUUAGUUUUAAAUCAACUAAUUGAUAUAAUUAAUCGGCCAAAUACUCCGAAAACACUAUUGGAGAACACAGCCAUAACAAUUGGUCGCCUAGGUUAUGUCUGCCCCCACGAUGUCGCGCCCAUGUUACAUCAGUUUGUACGACAGUGGUGUAUAUCACUGCGAAAUAUUAGAGACAAUGAAGAAAAGGACAGUGCUUUCCGAGGGAUGUGUCAAAUGAUUCAAGUUAAUCCGGCGGGUGUUGUUUCUGACUUCAUCUUUUUCUGUGAUGCAGUUGCAUCAUGGAUCACACCGAAAGACGACUUAAAAGAAGUUUUCAUUAAGAUUCUGCACAGUUUUAAAACUCAAGUAGGCGAAGAGAACUGGAAGAGGUUUAGUGAUCAGUUUCCUCCACAACUUAAAGAAAGGCUGUCACAGCUGUAUGGAAUAUGAGUUCCAACAGAGGAAUUUGGGGUAACUAGACAAUUUCUAGAUCCGGGGUGGGAAAACCUGGCUACUACAGUUUUUCGAGGGAACACAACUGACAUUCGGCACCAAAGUGAGGGUGGGCUCUGUAGAAAAUCAAUAAUAACCAUGAUACUAUGAGUAAAAACCUAUACUUGAGAUUUUAUUAUUGAGAUAAUAAAGUGUCAAUUUAUUUUAUGUAUAUUUUUUAAAGAUUUUAUUAUCUGCAUUAAUAAUUUUAUACGUUUUUUUGUGUAUUAUAAACAGGUGAGUAUAGGUUUAACUUGCAAAAUAUUAAAUUAAUUGGGAUUUAUUAGUUAAUGUGUGUAUAAUAUUUAAUAAUGUUAAUUGAUUUUAUUGUUCUGCACUUUGUUAUUUUCAUACAAAGUUUAAAAAUGUGGCCUUUUACCAAGUGUAAUGUAAAUAUUCACAACUACAUUUAUUUCUUAAAAAACAAGUAAAAAUAAAAAAAUAUGUAUUAAUUUAUGUGUAUAAACCAUUAUUUGUAAAAAAAUAUCACACUAGUACUGAUUUCUAUUGUGACUGGUAAGAUGACAUAUUCCUUUUGAGGAGUUGUAGUGGAGCUAAUUUGUAAUCUAAUGAACCAUAAUAUGUGUUAUUAGGCUAUUCAUUACAGGAUUUUAAAAGGAACUAUGAUGUUCAAGAUAUAUUUUAUUACAUGAAUCGUUCAAAUGGGUCAUUUUAGAUGAAAAAACCGCGGAGUGCUAUUAAAUUAGAGGGUGGAAUUGGAGAUAGGGCUGAAAAUGCAUCCCUUUCAGUUUUUUAAUUGUAGCUCGAAAACAAAGAUUUUUUUUACUUUUUUUGCCUCUAGUUUUUUUU